UAUCCCACCUACAGCUGGAUUUGCUCAUUAUACCAAGUUAAGCUACUUAUAUUUUCACAGUAAAUGAGUUGCACGAACCGUCUGCUGUUACCGGUAUUUGUGGACGGGGUAAGUGCAUCUAGUAUAGUAUUAAGUCAGCCACAAGAGAGAACGUGUGUUGUUUCUUCCAGCAAAUGUUGAUAGUUCAAUGGCAAAGUGGCACUGUGAUACUGGAGUGUGGAUGCCUGAGAAGAGUAGUCAUUACUAAACAAAACUGUUAUGUCAGCAGACUCGAGCAGCGACGAAGAUGUGCACCUGGUAUCAAAAUGUUGGGAAUGUGGGCAGAACAUCCACAACUUAAAGAAAUUGAUUUCACAUUAUAAAAGCCACAAUACCAAAGCCACAUGCCACAUCUGCAAGGUUAGUUUCCGUCGCCUGACGUCACUCUCUACACACUUGGAUAAUGCGCAUCUGCCACCUGUCUGCAACAAAUGCCAUCAGUCUUUCAGCAAUGUCUGGGAGCUGAACAAGCAUGCAGAGAAACACUGUACAGACUCUGAGUUUAUCCAAGAAGAUUCCUCGUUGAUUUGUAAGAGGCAGAGCAGUGACAGCUCUCCUAAUGAGAAGACAAUGCAGCAAAAUGCAGAUACUGUUCAACAUGACUCACUGCCAGCACUGAAGUCUGAACAGAGAGCUGAUAUAAAACCUGAGAUGCCUAAAAACAGUGUGGCGUACAUACUGGGUGCAGAUGAUGAAGAUCUUAGCACUGAAAGUGAUUCCGACAUGGCAGAAGAUUCAACAAGCUCUGCUUCUGAAGAUGAAGUCAUGACACACUCUAAACCUAAUAAACUGCCUCCAGAUCACUCUGAAACAAAUGGUCGCUCCAACUCCAGUUUUCCCAAUGAUUCUGGUCAUUUUUCAGACUGUCCAGAUUCCCAAACGACAUGUGCACCCUUUCCUGCUGCCAAUAGUGUAAUGUGCACUGUGUGCGGCAGAGGUCCGUUUAAGUCAAUUAAGCUCCACUUGCUGCACUGCAGUGGCGUAAGAGUAAAAUAUCAAUGCUUUCUGUGCAAGAAGGCCUUUCUAACUGAGAGUGCUGUUAAGAAACACCACUUGGCUCUGUAUGCCUGUGACAUCUGUGGCCAAGUUUUCAGUCACAAAAACUUGUACUAUAGCCACCAGUGUCCCAAAGGGAGAAAAUCGCCUUUGGUGCUUUUCUGCUCUGAGUCAAUGCCGAAAGCAUGCAACAUAUGCAAAUUCCUUUUUACCUCUGAGAAAUAUUUAGUAGAGCACGUAACCAAAGUUCACACGUCAGUGGUCAGCACCAAGGCGUGCACUGUUACUACUCCAUCACUGUUGGCAAAGGAUAACCGAGGAGCCCAGAGCACAAAAAUCCAGCUGCAGUCAACCAAGUUCGUGAGCAAGGCCAUUAAUGGAACACACAGUGAUGGCCAAACGUCAGGGACAAAUGGUGCCCUAGCUCAGCCAAACCAACCGCCUUCAAGUAACCUUCAUUCCCCUUUUCCUGUGCUUUCAAGACCCCGGGACACAUACCAAGAGGGUGCGCUCUUUAACCCCCCCUCACAACCAAUGCCAACCAUCCUAGCCAUGUUUGAGAAUGACAGCCAUCACUUGGCUUUGAUGAAACGCAUGAACAGCAGCUGGCGCUCCAAGGUGCCUUACCCUUGCAGGCAGUGCGGCGCUGUCCUGCGGCAGCCCUCGCUCAUCAUCAGCCACCGGUACCUCCACCGAGGCCGCCGGUCGCACAAGUGCCCAUGCGGACGAGCUUUUAAACACAGGCUGCACCUCCUGAGACACUGUAUUCAGCACGCGGAAGCCAUAAGCUACAUCUGUGUUAGCUGUGGGGACACUUUCACAGGAGCUAAACUCCUGGCGCAGCACCUGAAGGGCGGGUCUCCAAAAAAAUCUCCCUCUGGCUGCACGUGGAAAAGAAAAGUCAAGAGAACAUGCAGAAUGCCCUUCACGUGUGACUGCGGAGAACUGUUUCCCAGGCCUUCAGCAUACAUAUGGCACCAGCUUAAAAACAGGACAAGUAACAAACCGAAGAAGCCUACGGUGUGACAGAAGUACGAAUAGAUCAGUUUUUAUUUCUUCAAGCAACAAAUCAAAAUAGAAAUGCCACACAUGACACCUGCUUGUCACCAGUCUGUUUAAUUCAUGUGUCCUCCAGUGACAGAAAUAAAGCAAAAACAUAAACACACUCAUUCUAAAUGACUUUGAAUUAUAAGCAUGUUUUAGAUGGUUAUUAACAUGUUUUUACCAUGUGCAAAUGUUACAUAUUUAGUUUCUCAUACAUUUUUCUGCUGCUACACUAACUACCGGAGUUUAAAAAAAUAAAAUAAAAUGAAAAAAAAAAUAAAGGUAGCCAACAAGGAGGCUUUUUUUCCAGCACUGGAUUAAGUUUAAACAAAACUCCAGUUAAUCCUCCAGAAAGAGAGAGAGAGUUGGUCCAGUUUUGCAGCUGUUCUCACAAAGUGCUUUCUUAUUAGUGACAUUUGUACAGAGGUUUAAUUAAAUCUUGUUUUCUGUUUUAAUACAGCUGAAAAUGUUAUGCUCCUUUGAGAUGCUGAAGAAUCCGCAAUUAUCUGGAAGAAAGUCGUGUAGUUUUUAUUAUUAUGAUUAUUGUUGUGUGUUUUAAUAUUGACCACUAGAUGGAGCAGUUGGAUUGCUAAAAGAUGAGCUUAUAAGGCCACUGAAGUUUCUUUAUUUUCAACAGGUGUAAAGUGUUGGAUGUUUUUUUUUUUUUCUUCCGUCAAACUGUGGCCGACGCAAGUCUGCAAGUUUCAGUUAAUAGUCAUGGGAUCCCUUCGACUUAGAGUUUGCAAUAAAACUUUCUUUUCAUCAAGUUUAAUUUGACAUUCACUUCAUUCUCUUCACUCACCAAAGUCUAUUACCGUUAAACACAUUUUCAUUCAAGAUUUACUUAAACGGCUACAGGAGAGCACAACAGUGAUGAAUUAUUGAGACACCGUGUGUCUCAGAUGAUGGAAAAUGGUUGGAUUAACACUGAAAUACUGCAAAAAUUAAAACAUGCAAAAUGGCUUAUUCCACAGGAAUAAGCUAGGAAUGUAGAGCAUCAAUAAUAUCUUGAAAAUAGAAGUUUACAGAUAUGUUGUUAUUGCAGAUUAAAGGAUCCUCCACAGUCCUUGACUGAGAUCAGGUUAGUUCUUGGGCUCUGUCACCAAUCCUUUUGCUUGAAAACCCAGCAGAUUUCCUGAAAAUGCACUCGGAUUUCCCAGCAGUGAAUUUAGGUCUUAUUUUAUCUGUAUAAUUUAACAGCAGUGAGUCACUGUGCAGUACACUCAGAAUGGGGCCAAAAGAUGAUCUUUAGUGAGUAUGCCAGUCCUCCAAGUGGUUCAGCAUGUUAAAGAGUCUAAAGCAGCUCUGGUUGGAGAGGAUUCGUGGAUACUUCAGAUGAAAACACUACGGACUGUUUUUAACAACUGCGUGCAGUCGUGUCACCUACAAAAAAAACCCAACAAAAUAAUUUUGUUAUUCUCCAAAGUGAAUAUACGUAUGAUAUAUGACAUCCUACAGUGUGUUUUUUAGCAGAUCUGUGCAGGGACACUGGCAUCUGUAAGUAUUGUUUACCUGAUCUCUGGGUUGCGGUGACGUACAACCUGAGACAGCAGAUCAGACGUUUGUUGGAAGCAGCGACUCAGCUCGUCCAGCUUCUGCUCCAUGGAGAGGAUUCGCUGCUCCAGCUCCCGAUAGGAGUUAUUCCAGUUGGCACUGAGGUCGCACAUAAUCAUCUGCAUCUGUUGAAAUCCACCACACAACACAAAUAUUUUGGCUUUGAAAAGAAAACACACUUGGAGUUCAAACUAGAACCAAAAGUCUAACGUUACUGAACACUGUGCAGAUACAUUUUAAAAGUAUGUUGGAGAGUUUAUGUGGAUUACUGACUGAUUGACAGUGAUUUUGAGGGAAUCAGACAAAAACAUUUGGAUCGCUUUUUGUUUUGUUUGAAGCUGUUUGUUUUUUAUGCUGCGGCUCAGCUGCACUCAGUCAGUAAGCAGGAGUAGAUUGUUAGACCGUAACUGACUGUAAGGUAACCAUAGAACGGCUUAUUUAGUGAAACUGGGCACAUUUUCAUAUAAUUCCAGCAAUUACAGCGCUCCAGAAUUACAUUUGUGACUCUCA